CGUCUACCAGGUGUUCCUGAGAAGACAACUAAGCCAACCGCUCCACACUCUGCUGAUUUUCUUCUACAUCUCACAGGGGGAAGAGCUGGAUCACCAUGAAAUAUGUCUUCUAUUUGGGUGUCCUCGCUGGGACAUUUUUCUUUGCUGACUCAUCUGUUCAGAAAGAAGACCCUGCUCCCUAUUUGGUGUACCUCAAGUCUCACUUCAACCCCUGUGUGGGCGUCCUCAUCAAACCCAGCUGGGUGCUGGCCCCAGCUCACUGCUAUUUACCAAAUCUGAAAGUGAUGCUGGGAAAUUUCAAGAGCAGAGUCAGAGACGGUACUGAACAGACAAUUAACCCCAUUCAGAUCGUCCGCUACUGGAACUACAGUGAUAGCGCCCCACAGGAUGACCUCAUGCUCAUCAAGCUGGCUAAGCCUGCCAUGCUCAAUCCCAAAGUCCAGCCCCUUCCCCUCGCCACCACCAACGUCCGGCCAGGCACUGUCUGUCUACUCUCAGGUUUGGACUGGAGCCAAGAAAACAGUGGGCUUUGGCAGCUGGAGCCACCAGUCCAUCUGACUCUGCACAGAGGCCCAGCCAUUCCUGAUUGGCAGAGACACAAUUCACAUGAAGAAGGCCGACACCCUGACUUGCGGCAGAACCUGGAGGCCCCCGUGAUGUCUGAUCGAGAAUGCCAAAAAACAGAACAAGGAAAAAGCCACAGAAAUUCCUUAUGUGUGAAAUUUGUGAAAGUAUUCAGCCGAAUUUUUGGGGAGGUGGCCGUUGCUACUGUCAUCUGCAAAGACAAGCUCCAGGGAAUCGAGGUGGGGCACUUCAUGGGAGGGGACGUCGGCAUCUACACCAAUGUUUACAAAUAUGUAUCCUGGAUUGAGAACACUGCUAAGGACAAGUGAGACCCUACUUCUCCCUCUGCAUUCCACUGGCUCUGCCAUGGACUAUACAAGAAGAUAGUUUUCCCUCUAUUCAAAAUAAAGUCUCCAGAUGAAAAUUUGGGAAUGUA